AUGAAGACUUCUAAAAUAUAUGAGAGUGAGAAUAAAUGGUGUAUAGGAAUAUUAGUUUUAUUACUUGUACAUAUACAUUUUGCAGUUUGUGGAAAGGUACGUAAGCGAAUCAUUUGACAUUACUAAAAUUAUCAUUACAACUUGGUGGCUCGACUUGAAAAUCCAAUUACUAGUAAUACACUGACAAUUUUGAAUGUUUAAACCGUAUAAUUUCACAGGGUAAACCCAGUUUCUAAAUACAGCACAACUUUAUGAUAUCUGGAUUCUUCCAAUAUAUAGGUUAAAGUUCCGUCCGAAGUGGAACGCGCUACUAAACUCGGGAAUGAUUCAAAAUUAAAGAACAGAAUAUAUCAUGUACGAACGGAACCGAAGAAGACCCAUAUAAAAGGUAGAAAUUCUCUGCUACAAAGUGACUUACAACGGUUGACGUCUCCAUCCAUAGUUUUUGUUUUCUAAAAAAUGCUUUACAUGGUAAAUAGGUACGACAAAGAACAGAAUACCUCAAGGAAGUGUGGAUGAUACGGUGGACAAACACGAUGGAAACUUAGGUAGGUAAUGGUUAGACUUUCGCGUCUUCUCGGAUAAGGACGUUAAUAAACGAAUAUAUGGUGCAUUGGCAUUGUUUAGCAAUUUAUGGUUGUUUUAUUCUCUUCAGUAUUCUACGAAACUCAAAGCACACAAAAGAAAGAAAAGCCACGAAAGAAAACACUUCUUCUCAAAACUACUCCAAAUUCAAACAAUGUGCUUAAUGUUGGAGAUGGCCUAGACUUGGGUAAGUGUUAAACCCCGAUGAAACGAGGAUGAUGAGAGUUGAGAAGCAAGAGUUUCCAUGAGAGUUUUCUCAAUCUCGUGUCUCAGUCAAACGAGAACAAGAGUUACUGAGAGUUGAGAAGCGAGAGUUUGCAUGGAUUUUUUUCAACUCUAAUGUCUCGGUCAAACGAGAACAAGAGUUGCAUGAGAGUUGAGAAGCGAGAGUUUGCAUGAGAGUUAUCUCAACUCUCACGUCCCGGUCAAGCAAGAACAAGAGUUGCAUGAGAGUUGAUGAGAGUUGAGAAUCAAGAGUUUGCAUCAGAGUUUUCUCAACUUUUAUGACCCAGUCAAACGAGAACAAGAGUUGCACGAGAGUUAAUGAGACUUGACUGGAUAUUACCACACACGUAGCGAAAAAAUGAGAGUUGGCGGUGAAACGCGUGCGAGAGUCGCAACUGUCAUCAACUUUCGUCCUCGUUUGACCGAGGCUUUAACUACAAAUGUUUUCAAAACAUUGUUUCCAAAGGAGGGAAAACAUGGAAACAUUGAGGAAAAGUAGGCAGUUUCAAAUCUAUCCACAAUUACUUCAAUGACGAAACAUUUUCUGUUACAAGCUCGUGCAUCUAUUCUGAGAAGAAAAUCCUCACCAUCGAUUGUCAACUCGUGUGUUGGCAACCAAGUUACAUUGAAAUGUGCCGCUGAAGGAAAUCCGGCUCCAGAAUUCACUUGGUAUAAAGGCAAGCAAGCAGUAGGUCGAGAGAAGGUUGCUGAAUUUGAUCUAACUAUCGCACCAUCACUGUUUACCAGAGCGAGUCAUCUUACUUUGACUCCAAACGGGAAAGAUGAUUUUGGGGAGUACCAGUGCGCUGCAAGCAACACAUUGGGAGCCACACAACAGAGUACACAUAGGAUCGUACUUAGUGAUAGAGGUAACGGAAUCCAUCAUCAUCACCAUCAUCCAUCAUCAUCACCAUUAUAAUCAUCAUCAUUAUCAUCAUCAUCAAUCAUCCAUCAUCAUCAUCAUCACCAUCACCACCAUUAUCAUCAUCAUGAUCACUAUUAUCAUCACCGUUAUCAUCAUUGUUAUCAUCACCAAUCACCAUCAUCAAUCACCAUGCAAUCAUCAUCACCAAUCAUCAUCACCAUCAAUUAUCACCAUCAUCAUCACCAUCAUCAUCAGAAUCGUCGUCAAUAUUAUCAUCAUCGUUAUCAUGAUCACAUUUUUCACCAUCACAAUAACCAUCACCAUCAUUAUCACCCUGUCUCAAAUCUCAAUAUCUCUCUCAAUCAAAUAAUUACCUCUUGUCAAUCCGUUUAUCUGUAGAUCUUUACCCAGUUAACAUUUCUUUAACCAGGAGAGCCAUUGUGUACCCAAAGUACAUACAACAAAGAUAAAAGGAAGUUUAAUUCCAUCAUCAUUGGUACGGUAUCUUCAGUGGGGAUGCUGUUUGUGCUUCUAAGCAUUGCUGGCUUCGUGUUCUGGAGAUUAAACCAACAGGAGGCUGACUGUAAGUUGACAUGAAAAAGUUGGAAAAAAAAUAAAACAAACUUCCAUAUUAUAAGGAUUCCUAUUAGUAGAUAGGGGCUUCUGUCAUAGUUUUUCUUAUUUGGCAGUGUUAACGUGGUGACGUGGAGUUAGUUUAGUAUGUGAGAAGAAUGCUUUCAGUUUAAAUAAAGUUUAGGUUACCUCGCCUGUAACACUGGCGCUAUAAGGGAUGACGUUAACUACUUUCCUUUACUUGAGAAAUUUAAUAUUCCAUUUAAUAUUAGCCUACCAACGAUUAAAGACCACAUCAGAUGACACAGAAGCAAUGGAAGAUGGAGGCGAAGGUAAUGGAGAAAUGUUGUCUAUUUUUAAUAAAUAAAUGUUUUGAAUGAACGGAUCUUUGUUCGUUUCUUUCAGCAGGCCCAAGUGGAGAAAACUGUCAACCAAAUGAUGCUGACGAAACUCUACAGGAUGAUUUCAAUGCUAAGGAAAUAGGCCGCUUGAGCAGUCUUCUUGCAGGAGAUUGGGAACGACUUGCUCGUCUGCUAGGCUUUCAUCAACACGAUAUCAACGCUAUACGAGAAGAUAGCGAGAAGAUAGAAUCAAGAUGUGCUGAUAUGUUGAGCAGGUUUCGACGAAGGCGUGGAUCGAGAGAGACUUUGGCAGAAAGUGUCGAGGAGAUGAAGGACAUAGAGACAGCAUCUGCUAUCAGACAGAAAUAUUAUAAGUCCAAUCCGACCGAAUAAGUCAGUAUGUGGCUUUCAGAAGCACGUCCUAAUACUGGAAAGCUGCGGGAGUAAAACUUCGAUGUUUCGAGUCAAGGACCUUAGUAGAAACGUUGGAGUUUUACUUGAAUUUUUGAGGUAGUUCAAUGCCUUUCUAGCUGCAACUUUCUGGUGUUAUUGUCACCAGCUAGCCACAGACCGUUCGAGUUCAUGUCCUAAUUCUGAGGUUUUCUCAAGCAGUAAAAUCGACGAAAUAAAGC